UAGAAUUCUCGUUUUAAGAUCAAAUAGGAAAACGUCAAGAAUGACAGUGACCCAAUACGAUCUUUCUCGUUUCGAUAACAACUAGUAACUUUUUUCGUUAACUUACAACCUAGUUUCGAUGUAGUCCAAAUAAUGCUAUGAAAACAAAGACAACAUAUGCUACAUAUUGCAAAAACAUUUAUUACAAUUUAUCUCUCGAAAUUCAUCGUGUAAAGAUUCUUUAUGAUCACAUAAGCUAUCGAUUAUUAUAUUUGUUUGUGAUACACUGAAACGAUCUUUUCUCAUGAAAAAUAACGAGAAGGAUAGAAGGAGAACGAAUCGAAGAAAUUUGCAAAAUCACAGAUUACCCGUAAUCAAAUUUGUAUGUGUUCGUAUACACGAACAUUAUAUAGGUGACUCGGUAAUAAAGGUUAGGCGCCGUCACUAAGGAACGUGGCAGGUUACCACGCUGUGCAAAAGGAGAGACCCAUACUAUAUCCAAAUACCGUGCUUUUAAGGCACGUUCUUCGAGUCUGUUGGUAUCGCUGCUGGUGUUAUUGCGACUAACAAACAGUGUAUAAGAAAAACACGUGCGAACACACAACAUAUACAAAAAUGGGUGACUCGAAGGCGCAACACGGUACACAGGAGAUGAAAGGCUGGCUCUUUAAAUGGACUAAUUAUUUAAAAGGUUAUCAACGAAGAUGGUUCGUCCUGUCAAAUGGCCUACUGUCGUAUUACAGGGCUGAACCAACAGGGGGGCCAAAGAUAUCAACACGACGCAAGCGGAAGGCUGGCAGAGCCUCCGAAAAUCCCACGGAGAUGUCGCACACGUGCCGCGGCACGAUAUCCUUGCAUGGGGCCUUAAUACACACCGUCGACGCUUGCACGUUCGUUGUGAGCAACGGUGGCACGCAAACCUUCCAUAUCAAGGCGGCGACAGAGGUAGAACGUCAGCAAUGGGUCACGGCCCUCGAGUUGGCGAAGGCCAAGGCCAUCCAGGCGAUGGAAUCUGAAGAAGAGGAGGAAGAAUUUCAGGAUAAUGAUAGCCAAAAACCAGAACAAGUUACUGUGAAGGACUUAUCGCAGCGCUUAGAAAACUUGCAGGCCUGUAAUGAUUUACUGAUAAAGAAAGGGACUAUGCUUCAGCGAGUUUUAAACGAGCUCGAAACGUUGGAGCCCCCGUCGCCUGAGCUAGCUGCGAAAGUCAAGACAGUCAGUGAACGAGCCACGCUCUUUCGCAUCGCGGCCGGUGCUAUGGUUAAUGCAAGUCACGACUACUUGCAACUAGCGCAGCAGCAGGAACCAAAAUGGAAGAAGAUGCUGCAGCACGAGCGUGACCAGAAAGUGAGAAUAGAAAAAAUGGUCGAGCAAUUGGCCAGGCAACAUUCUCACUUGGAAGAGGCUGCGCAACAUGCCCUACCCUCGGCAGCUCCAGCAGGGGGACACAGAGCUUCGCAUACAACAGUCACAACUUCCCCAUCAGAAGACGAAGAAGAUAACGUUGAGUUUUAUGAUGCACAAGAAUCUGAUACUUUUACUUUGAGUAUACCCGGUGUCCAAGCGAAUAAUUCAAGAGAUCGAACUGAUUCUCAAGGUAGUGACGAUGGCUCUAGUUCAGAAGGAGAUCAGACACCUUUGCCUUUGUCAGAUACAGCUACCACAAAUUCCUUUCGCAUUGUGACCGAUUCUACAGUAGUAACUCCUACCACUGCUGCAAAUACUGACAAUCUGGACAAUGUAAGUGAAUUUUGCUUACCAUUUGAUUAUCAAAUUUUAAUUAAAUUGACUUUUCAUUUAUCUUUAUGUAAUUUCAUUCAUUUCGUUCAGACAAAUUGGGAGUCUAACAAUGGCAGCAGUGGCAGCACCGGGGUAACAGGUCUUAAACAAAAACGGAGAACUAGAGUACCUGAGAAACCAAAUUAUCCAUUAAAUUUAUGGAGUAUUAUGAAAAAUUGCAUUGGCAAAGAUUUGUCAAAAAUUCCAAUGCCUGUCAAUUUUUCUGAGCCGCUUAGUAUGCUUCAGCGGCUUACAGAAGAUUAUGAAUAUGCAGAUAUUCUUGACAGGGCAGCAGAAUGUACAGAUGGCUAUGAACAAAUGGCUUAUGUUGCUGCAUUUACCAUAUCUAGUUAUUCCACAACUGCUUCCAGAACUGGCAAGCCUUUUAAUCCUUUAUUAGGUGAAACGUAUGAGUGCGAUCGAAUUGAUGAUCUAGGAUGGCGUGCGAUUUCAGAACAAGUAUCUCAUCACCCUCCAAUGUUAGCGCAACAUUGCGAAGGCCGAAAGUGGCGUUGUUGGCAAGAGUUUACCAUGGCAUCUAAAUUCCGUGGGAAAUACCUCCAGGUAAUACCGUUAGGAACUGCUCAUCUUGAAAUGGAAGGUGGUACACAUCACUACACGUGGCGAAAAGUUACUACUACGGUACACAAUAUUAUAGUAGGAAAAUUAUGGGUUGAUCAAAGUGGUGAUACAGAUAUUGUGAAUCACAAACAAGGUAUCAAGUGCCAUUUGAAAUACACGCCCUAUUCAUACUUUUCGAGAGAUAGUCAGCGUAAAGUAAAAGGGGUAGUCAUGAACUCAAGUAAUGAAGUUAAAUGGGUAGUACAAGGUACGUGGGACUCGAAGAUAGAAAUCGCUCCUGUUAUCAGUACGUCUGGUACACCAGACAAUCCAGUAUACAAAACAGGGCCUUACAUACUCGCAUGGAAGCGUCGUAUGCCAUCUGAAGAUAGCGAAAAGUAUUAUAAUUUCACCGAAUUAGCGUGUCAACUUAAUGAGCCUGAGGAAGGUAUAGCUCCAACAGAUUCUCGAUUUAGGCCUGAUCAAAGAUUAAUGGAAAAUGGUGAAUGGGACAAAGCGAAUGCGGAAAAACUUCGAUUAGAAGAAAAACAAAGAGCUGUUCGACGUGCAAGGGAACACGAAGCUGAAAAAGCGGCCGUUCAAGGUUUACCAUAUGAAACUUACGAACCUUUAUGGUUUAAGAAAGAGCAGGAUCCUUACACGGACAGUCUGUGCUAUGUAUACGGUGGUGAAUACUGGGAAUGUAAGAGUAAAGGUGAUUGGUCACGAUGUCCAAACAUAUUUUAGCUUACUAUAUAAUUAUAUCAAUAUUGUGACCGCCAAUAUACAAUGCAGAAAUGUUUGAAUUUGUUUUACGCGAAGAUAGCCGAUUUAGAAAUCACUGCUUCUGAAAAAAAAUGCUGAUAUGAUAUAAUCGGGUUGUUAGAGGACAUGGCAUAGUCGUUAUUUCUUCCAAUGAACUGGUCGAAGUUGGCAUUCUAACACAUGAAAUGAGCGUUUUGUAGUAUAUCAUUAUUUCCAUUCUCCUACACAUCCUUUUGUCUGUUCAUAUUGCCGCUGCAUCCCUCUCUUUUGUCCACUUUUCUAAACAACCAAGAACAUUAUCAUAUACUAUCCAUAUGGCCCAAUUAGCGCUUUGCAUACAAUGUUUGUAUAGGCUUAAAAAUUUCCUGUAUUUCUUAUUAGGUUCCAUUAUUAAGCUAAAUGUGUCAUAAUACAUUCACGAGAAAUUCAGAUACGAUGAUAAGCAAAUAAUGCGCGAAAAUUUUGUUAAUUCAGUUCAUAACUGAUAUAGCAAUAACAAUGAUAAUUUUUAUUACGAGAACAUUAAUAAUAUAUUAGAAAUUAAAACUAUAGUUAUUGGGAGUUUAAGUUUGAAUACGAGAACCCGCUUAAUGCAAUUACAGUAUUCAUAAUUUGUUUUAAACAAAUUUAGGUAUAUUUAAAUUUCUCUUUUUUUAAAAAAUGGAACUGAAUUCAUAAGUUCUAAGAAGCCGAUCGUAAUAGCAAUUUCGGAAAAUUUCCAUAACUUUCUGAUAACAUGGUUAUCACGUAUCCAUCGCGGAAAGUACUUACAUAGACUGUAAAAUGUAUUUUUGAUGCUUGACGCGAUGCUGAAGAUAUUUAAAAAAAAUUAAUUGAAAUUAAAUUUUUAAUAGUAUUGCUGAGUAAAUUAUAAGUAAGAAAUAAUCGCGUUGAAUGUAACUAAAGCCUUAUUGAAUUAUUUAAAGUAGAUAUUAAUAGGUAAACAUGUUUUUACGAUAUUGGUUAUUUAUACGUGUGGUGCGGCCAGACUGUUCAUUCGACUGCCUCGUCUUAGCCUUUGCACAAAAACUGGAUAAGAGGUGGCAUUCGUUUACGUUGAUACGACAAUCUGUAACCGCUACGAAAAGAAAUGUUCCUGCGGAUAAAGUGAUCGUAGCAAUGAGAGAACUCACUAUGUUGAAACAUCAUCUCGGUGAUUUACUCGAAUGGCGUAUUUGUUACUAUUUAACAUACGGUGAAAAUAAGAAAGAAGAAGCAGAUGGUAUAAAUGAGUAUGCUUCCAAAAUUCUGCAUUUUACCAUGCAGAGGUAGACUCUUGAAUGUUCCACAAAAUAUUGACUGGUUACCUAACCAGCCUAAUUACUAUACACUCCGUCGAGCUAAUGUUACAAAACAUAAUCAAUAUUAUUACGGGAAGAGUGUAAGGAGAAUAUAAAGUCACACUAAAGGCUCAUAAGUUGUAGUAAGUUCUUUUCUCUUUCUCACUUCUUUUUUAAGGGAACGCUUCAACUCAGAGCAUUAACAUUCAUUAAAAGCCCAGGUCCUUUUUCCAAGCUACAUUAUGUAGACACGCACACAUCCAUACACAGGUACAAACUGCGCGAGCGAUUGUGUACGUACGUACGUACGUAUGUAUGUAUGUAUGUAUGUUUGUCUGUAUGUAUGUAUGUGUGUAUGUGUGUAUGUACGUACGUACGUAUGUGUGCAUGUAUGUAUGUAUGCUCGUAUGUACAUAUGAUAAUUAAUAAAACCCAUUGUAUAUCCCUCUUAUGAGCACAUCAUACAGUUGUUCCGUUCAUAGUAUUUGUAUAUUGACAACUAUAUAUUUCAGUCUGUAUAGGAUCGCAUUCAACGGAACAUCUAGCUUGCAACCAAUGUCUACAAUGAUUGUUAUAAUUAAGUAUUUGGCUGUAUUAUAAUUUUAAUAGUUGAUUAUAAUCGGAUAUAUCUGUAUACAUAUAAAUACAAAUUAACUAUAAAAAUAAAUAAUUUAAAGAAAAUACAAUAAGACGGAUAGAACAGAUGUUUGAAUUAUAUAGUGCUUGUACAUUAGCUAUUCGUGUGGAACGAUAAAUACAAAAUGCUUCGCUACAAAAAAUCGAGAAAAUAUCUUCGUAGCAUUCACAUAAUUGCCUUUUGGCAUCUCCUAUGUAAUACCCGUUGGUCGCACAAAAAAGGAUAUGGUGCAAUUAUUUAUACGAUAAAUAACUGUAGUUUUCUUUUUGUUCCAUCAAACAAAUUGUAUUGACUUAUUGUAACAAAUUAAAUACGAUCUUGAACGGGUAA